GGGAGCCGCCCAUGUCCCGCCCCAGACACCAGUCGCUGCCGCGCCGGCUCGGGAACUGGACCUCUGUGCUGUUGCUGACUGAAACCGGAGCCGGACGUUAACAGCAUGGGUGGCAGACUUGGCCGAAAGCGUAGAGGCUAUAAUGUGAGUGAGCCCAAGGAGAACAAGAGUGCAACAGAGUCCACUGAAAAGCCUGAAGUAAAACACAAUGAGCCUGAGAACAAAGGUGCAUCAAAGGACCAAUUUAAAGCAUCAAGUGAGCUACAAGCAGGCGGUGAAGCUCUAAAAAAAGUAGAUGAAAAACCUGGAGAAAAACAAACUACUUUGGUGACAGCGGAUGUUGAAGCUACAGAAAGGGGUGUCAAUGCAGAGGUAGGGAGUGCCUCCACUGAACUUGCACAAGGUUCUGAAACACAAGAGAAUGUAACGCCUGCCAGUUUGGUUGAAACAACAAAGGAAAUGUCUGACUGGGAAGAACACUGUCGAUCAACAGAGGCUGAUGUGAAAUCCAAUGCUGUCCCAGAGACUAGCUCAGCGGAUGAAGUUCCAGAUGAGUCCAUGUCAAGUAAAACUGAACCAGAGACCAAAGAAAUUCCAGGUGGAGAGACUCUAAAAUCAAAUUUGGAUGCAGGUGAAGCUGUGACUAACAUUGUCAAAGACCCUACAACUGGGAAAUCGAGCUUGGAUGAACACGCUGCUCCAAUCCUUGAUGAGCAUCUAGAAGGAAACCUUUCUGACAACCUCAGUGUUCAAGCAGAUGGUGACAAAAUUCUUGAAGUGGUUUCUGCUGAGGUAUUGCACACUGCAAUGUCUUUGCCUGUCAGUCACGAGACACCUCUGGCACCUGCUCCAAAAGAAAUGGAAUCAUCCAUCCAGGAGACACUGCCUGAAUCUCCAGUUAAAUGUGACUUCUCCAAGGAAGACGAAGAACCAAAUUUGGGAGCAAUAAUUGAAGAAACACCUAUUGAUGUUGUGCUAAAGAAUGAAGUGGCCCUGUGUGCGGAUCUGGAGAAAGAUGUGACUAAACCAAGCACUCAAGAUGAAGCUUGGGGAGAAGUAAUUGAACAACAAAAUUCUACGGCCCAAAAUACACCUGAAUCUGGUGAGCAGUCUGACUGUGUGCAGGAUAACUUGGCCCUUGCAGAUAGCAAUGUUGCUGAGUUUGAGGAUCACGGCCAGUCAUUGAAGGGAUCUGGAAAUGUAGCUGUAGACAUGGCACAGAUGGACUCUUGCGGUGUGACAGAUGCAGUCCAAGCUGAUCCAUUGGUUGGAGAAUCUGGUCCUGAAAAUACUUGUCUGGGCACAGAGAUGACUGAAACCAACUAUGAACAGACAGUGGAACCAGUUAGCUGCCAAGAUAGCAUAGAAAUAUCCUUGCUAAAGACCAACUCUGAACUAAUACCAGAUAUUAAACUGACUGUGUAUGGUGAAGGUUUACAGGAGGAAGAAAUUAAAAGUGAUGCACAGUUAGCAUUUGGAGAUGAAGUAGUUGAUGCUAAUAUUAAUCCACAACCACCAGAUGAAGUGCUGGAGGAGAAUGAAUCGCUGUUGCAUUCAGUUGAAGUAGCACCAGAAAAUCGUGAAUGUUCGGAUCAAGAAAUUAUAAAACUGGAAACUUCAGAGGAUCCUGCACCAGAAAACCCAGCACACCUUGAAGAUGUUUCAACCAAAGUAACUGCUGAAAAAAAUAGUUCCACAGAGAACUCUACAGUUUUUGUAGAUGGUGGCAAACUAAAUGAAUCCAUCACCAGCAAAACUGAAGAUGACCACCCAGAAAUCUCUGUUAUAAAUGGAACUACUCUGGAAGGUGAACUGAGAAACCACAGCACAGUGGACGAUGGACAGAGUAUCACUGGUGAAGUUGAAAGUCUGCAAGCCAGCAGCUUGGAACCAAUAGUUAGUAAAGCCAUUGAAAAGGUGAUUGAAAAUCUUUCUCCAGAGGAAUCGUGUCUUGAUUCGGAUAACCAAACUCUCCAUUCAGGACCACUAGAUGUGAAUGUUGAAUGACGCUUGUCAGAAGCAGAGGCUCGUGCUGAGGUUAAAGAUCCAAAAUAAUGUACAGGUGGCGGAAGAUUGGAAUUUGGACGUUCAAACCAGCUAGUGCCUGAGUUUGAUUUAGGAAGGAAACUCCAAGCUUGUGCUGCAGACAAUAGUGAAUCAACUUGCAGUUUAUGAACAAUCUUGACUAGUUCCACAAUCUUCUCCUGAGGUUUAUUUUACUUAAUGAAUGAACCAAAAAAUAGAAAUUGAGACUCUGCCUUAUGCCAUAGUUUCCAGUAUGCAAUAUGUCAAGUAUUAGUAGUAUUUUUAAAGGUAUGUAAUCUGAGGUUUGUUCUGAACACGAACUCUAUCUUCUAAAUUUAGUCUUCAAUUUUCUUAAUAUGCUUUGAGGUCAAUUGUUAAUUGCAUUAUGAGGGUUUUAAAAUUUUGGGAGCUUUGACAACUUAAUAAAAUAUCAUACUUGUCCUGG